AUGUCAAAGCAAAAAAAUUUACUGUAUAAUGCUAUCAGUGGAGAAGAGUAUGAAAAGAUUUCAAGUUGUGAAAUUGCUAAGGAAAUGUGGGAUAAAUUGGAGUUCACAUAUGAAGGAACCAACAAGGUGAAAGAAACAAGAAUCAAUCUUAUAGUUCGUGACUAUGAGCUAUUUCAAAUAAAGGAUGGAGAAUCAGUGGAGGAGAUGUUCUCCAGGUUCAGCAAAAUCCUUGGGGAUUUAAAAUCUUUCGGCAGACCAAUAAAGACUGGAGAACAGGUCAGAAAAAUUCUUAGAAGUCUACCCACAAUUUGGCUGCCCAAGGUUAUUACUCUGGAAUAUCAGGAUCUUGACAAAAUGUCUUAUGAUGAACUUAGAGAUGAUCUUAUUGACUUUGAGAAAACUCACUUGAACAAGCAAAUUCUACAAGAAAAGAACAAAAAUAGUCGACUUUAA